UACUAUUUUUCCUACUGGAUUACUUGCGAGAGAACCAAUAGAACGCAGAGUUUUAGAUCAGGUGACUUAAGGCUAAACCCUGAUUGGCUCUCGCAAGCAAUCCAGGAGGAAAAAUAGUAUCGUGUGCCGUUGGCUUUACUUUUCAACCUUGCUCUAACAUACUCAUCGUAUGUGCAGGGAAUAAAGAUUAAUUUAAAAAAAUAAUGAUUAAACAACCGGAGAAUAAUAAAGAUUAAUAAAGGGCGGCUCCAAAUCAUUCCGACAUUAUUUAAAUGCUUCUUACAUUGCUGUACACAAAAUUAUAAAUGGAAUUCUAGACUGAAUUCUGACUACGAGUUCCAGACCGUCUAAAAUGGACCUAUUACAAGCAUUGAUUAAAAAUAAGUCGAGUUUCUUCUUUUAUCGACUGCUAUUUUCAGAAACAUACCUCAUAUUAUAUAUUCAACAGACUUUUAUACAUAAAAGUCCGUGAUACAUACAGUGUAUAUUACAAGAUAACAUAAUCCGUGCUUUUUUUUACGAGAUUACGCACGUACAACUGUCUGCAUACACUAGGAAUCACUGAUGCCUUCCCACAUGAAUUUACACAUAUAUUUAUACAUUUUGCAUUCACAUACAUGGAAAAUGGAUAAGUGUUCUACAUGUGCCUGAAUUCAUAUGAAAAGGCACCCGUAAUUCCCAGGUACCUAUCGUGGAAAUGUUCGGAAUGGAUUCCGAUCGGAAUUAUUCCAUUUCUCCUAGAAAACACAAUAGAAAUCUAGGAAAUAAUGAAACAAUUCCGAUCGGAAUCAAUUCCGAACAUUUCCAUGUAUGGGGAGUAUCCUAGUGUACACUAGGAAUCCCCGAUGCCUUCCCACAUAAUUUGUGCACACAUCGAUGCAUUUAUACAUUUUGCAUAUACAUACAUGGAAAAUGUAUGUGCCUAUAUUCAUAUGGGAAAGCAUCACCGAUUCCUAGGUACAUACAUUAUUAUAGAAAUGUUCAGAAUUAUUCCGUUUUCCCUAGAAAACACAAUAGAAAUCUAAGAAAUAAUUGAACAAUCCCGAAUAUUUUCACGAUGCCUUUCCACAUGAUACUCUGUGCCUAAAUUCAGAUGGAAAGGUAUCAGUGAUUCCUAGUGUACAAUCUGCCUGAUGGGUUAACCAAAUACGAUUGAAGCAAAAUACAAAUGAAUCAAAGCGCGCUGCUGGGGAGUAUAAUUUUUCCAGAUGUGUUAAGAAUCAAAUGUCAUUUUCUGUGAAAUUAAUCCCUAUUACGAAGAGAAACUCCGAGAAGAUCAAUUGGUUGUCUUGAAUGAAGAUUUCCGAGCGGUAUAGGUUCUCAAUUAUAAUUUUCGUAAAUCCCAAUAUCGACGCAUACCGUUGACUCAUAAUUUUAUAUCUCCAAGUUCCUGCUUUAGCCCACCAUACGUAGAAGCAACGAAUGAAACGUGCGAAAUUGUAAUUGCGAAAUUAACUAUAGGUCACAGAGGCAUUUGAAAUAAAAAUCGUGACGUUGCAAACGCGUUUGCCAUAUUGCAACGGAAUUCCGCGAGCAAUUUUAAAAGUAUUUGCACGCAACGACUGCAAGCACGUUGCUGUUCUCCCUCGGUAACGCGAGAAAGCACGCACAUGGACCAAUUGCAUUUGAAGGAUGAACGUGAACUCCUAGUCCGUAUAUUUGUUUUUGCAUUAUCGUAUAGCGCUUAUCGCGUAUAUAAUUUUCAUUCGCGACGUUCAACCUCCCUUUGGGCCUUACAGAAUUCCCUGGAGACAAUUUCGUGCUCCAGCGGGCACAACGAAUUCGUAGAUGAUAUCCCGCAGAUUUUGACGACCGACAAUCUCAAAGCUGCAUCUCACAGGGAGGAGACAAGCGGAGAAAAGACACACACGCUGUUCGAUAAAUUCUCAACGUCGUCCGUUAGCGCGUUAAAAGAUAAUGCAAAAGAGAUUGUAGAGUUGGAAUCGAAGUGCGAAGAGCUGCGUGUUCAGAUCGAACGUCUAACGAAACAGAAAGAAGACGCGUUCGAGGAGAUAGAACGUUUGAAAGAUCAAAUAUUAAGUCAGAGUACUUAUUGCACAAGCCUUGGUGCAGUAUUAGGUAGCUUGACGUGGCGUGCUUCUAGAUUUCCGCAAAUUGCCGACGUUUGGCUAUCGAACUUUCAGAAUACAAUAGGGGAAUUCUUGUCGAUAGUGAACGGGACUUUCGGCGCGUUCGUUAGUACUUAUAGGAGCGCAUUCCCUCCUACGAGUAACAUUGAGUACCAAUUUGUAAUGGGACUCGUCGGUAUCGUCUCCAAUAUAUCCGCGAGCCCGGAAGGUCGUGAAUUUUUAAUUACAAAUUCCAGCGGCACGGAAUUCGUGCAAAAGCUAAUUAAACUGACGCCCGAAUUGCCGCCAGCUCCCGGGGCAAGGUCUUUGAAGAGAUUAAUGUUAAUGAUCCUGUUCAACGUGAGCAUGAACAAGACCGGCUUGCAAUAUCUGCUCGAAUCGCAAGUGGGAGUCGCGCUAAGUCAUUGUUUGGAUGAUGAGGCGUCUUCGGAAGAGACGCAGCUGCUUUGCCUGCGCGUCCUACAAUCUGUCACUUACGAUCUCGAGGAGCCGAAAAACAUUAGCGAUUUGACUAUGAUAAUUCCAGUCGAGCGGAUCGAGACGAUGACGUCCGCGAAACGGAGUGACAUAAGCGAGGCGGCGAAGCAAGUCGUCAAACAUUUACGACACGGUCAAAAAAUUACGAAGUGAUCGUUAGAGCUGAACGCGUGAUUAUGAAAAUAUACAUAAGUAAUAAAAUGUUCAAUAUAUACUUCUUCAGGGAUGGCCGCUAAGCUGCAGUUAGUUUCAGAUUGCUCUUAAAAAUAAUUUUAAAGCUUUAACAACGAAAAAACAAUUUAAAACACAUUUAAAGUAUUAACAAAUAGACAAUUACCAAGAUGAGUUUCAUUAUUGCACAUCUCAAAUGUACUGACGCUGAUAAUUAAGCAUUGCAUAAACAUAUUUAUUAUUAUAUCUUUAAUACGCACGUUCGGCGCAUCAACUCGUUAAAUUUUGCUUUAUUUAAAUUGUCGCUUUUAUAAAUAAUCCACGAAUUACGUUGGGUUAUGCAUCACAGACUGAAGCGCUGAACUUUUAAGCGCGUUCCCUUCCCUAUCAUUACAAUAAUAGACUAUCGGCCAGACUGCAGACUAUCCUUGGAACAUAUGUUCGUAGCCGCCGCGAGGGGGUUGUCGACGAUAUCGAUCUGCAAAGAGCAGGAACAAAAUGAAAACGAUCGUGCAGAAUGCGUUGCACGGUAAAAGUGUCGAUGUUUUGUGAGCUGCGUAACAGUAGCAAUAUCAAUAAAUAUAUUAUGCAGCAAUGGCGAGGUAAAUUAUACGAUAAUAACGUAUACGUGAAGCACAUUGAACUCUCAUGAAUAAUUAUAUUCCGCGAGACGGAAUUACAAAAUGCAGCUUACACUAUAUAUUUAUUAAUCUGACAGUUAAUACGUUUAAAAAAAUUUCCUUUCUUCCACUCUUUGCGACAAAUUAUUCACGAAGGGAAGCGUAACACGUCAGUUGCACUGAGCCAGCAGAUAUAUCGAGGUAAUGACCGACCGUUCCAAAUAAAAAGCUCGCGUGCGUUACAUAGACAGACGUUCGAUCGCGUACAAUUAUCUUAAUUUAAAUAUUCUGCACGACGUACGGGAACUUUGAAAAUAUUGCACAGCAUAUCGGACUAUCUGUAUGCAGGUGCAAAAAUUGGACGCUCUCUGAUUCCGAAAAAUAAGAUUGUUCUUUUCGCGAAUAUAUAUAAUAUAAUAUAGACGCGGCGAACAAUAUUUUAAACAAGUAAGUUAAAUCAGGACCUUUAAAUCUAAUCUACAAUGUGCAUUCUGCAUCUAGAAACAUUCUAUUUUAUAUAAG